GGUUGCAGCUAUUUCGUGGUUCCCGUGGUUCUCCUGUUGGGUACUAUGCGCUUGCUUCUGGUGAUCUUCUCACGAUCAAGAUCCAUAACUCGGUCGUAGCUGCUACACCUAGACCCACUUCUAGUUGGAGAUCUUGGAUGAACGACAGAACUUAUCGGUAUCGUUCUUUUCAUCUAUUUUGAUCUGCGAUGACAAAUCGGAUGUAGGGUCCGAUUCAAGAACUACCCCGAGCGCAUCAUAGUACAACAGGACUACUAGAAGUACUACUUGAAGUCCUCGUGCUAAAAAUGACUCACUUCUCGAGAACAUUUCGUUACUUGUCGCGGGAACGACCAACUCGCCUCGUGCGUUCUUGCACCACGACAACUACUUCGGCCGCGCGUGGAGGUUCUGUUCAUGAUUUAACGACCAGGGUGAAGACCGUACUCUGCUCCGUCCGGGCAUUCACAGCUGCGAACAACGCGACUUCUAGUACAAAGAACUCGUCGACCGGGCAUGAUCAUCUUCAUGGUAGGUACAACAAAGAGAGCGAACAAUCUCUCUUCUCCACCUCAUCAGCAACGCCUGCUGCUCCCGCCUCCUCACCUUCGCUCUUUCCACCGGCGUUUGCGCCGCCUGACGAUGCGGAUCGAGGACACGAUGUUGGUCAACGACGUGUCGAUUUGGACAAACAGACGCAAGUAGAACCGAGACAUCACCAGCACCCGAAGUUUUCCUCUGGCGUCCCUACCCCGAAGCUGACCGAGAAGCAGCUGAAAGGAACAAUAGCUACGACCUCGGCAUCAAGCAGUCCUCUCGACAGCUGCGCGGGUGGAACAGGUGGGAUUCUGAGGAAGUUGUUUUACGAAAAAGUAACGAUAGUCGGGUCGGCGGCCGCGGCAGCUUCCAGUUCUGCGUCCAGCAAAAAGGUGUACAAGAUUUUCCUGGAGGACCGUGAGCUGAAAACGUCCAACAACAAAGUCCUGGAGAUUCCAAGCCUGGAGCUUGCGAAACUGGUGCAGCUUUCAAAUGUAAAAAUGUCUGGGUCUGGAAACUUGUGAUGCUGCGCUGGGAAUAGUGAAUGCUCUGUAAUGCACAGCCAAGCAUGAGAAAUAUCUGCGCUUCUUUGUGUUGCGUUUUUCGCAUGACAAACUGCGUUUUUGCAUGACAGGCAAAAGGACCUCUUCUUGGACACGCAUCACAAACUUUUUGGUCAUGCCAGACAAGCAUGACAAACCUCGCAAUCUUCCAGACCCAGACAUUUUUACAUUUGAUAGCAGCGGGAGUGGCUGAGCCAGAUCGAGGAACAGGAGGAUAAAGUGGAAGAUAAUAAUAUCCUGAGUAAAAACGUACCCACACCAGAGUUGUAAUGCAAAUCUGCAUGCUGAAAAUGUUUCUCAUGCGGAGCUCCAUGAGAAGCAUUCUCUAGUCGUGUUUUGCAAUUUGUCAUGCUCCAAUCAGCAUGGUAUGCUAGAUCUGUGACGCUGCUGAGCUAGCUCAAACAGCACUACACUACGAAUCCAAAUUUGUCAUGCAAAACGGUCAAAACUUGUGGAUUUGUCUAGCCGAUUCCCCAUCUUGACUCUGGUGUGGGUACGUUUUUACUCAGGAUAAAUAAAGUAGAAGGGGAUCAUCUGCAAAAAGCUCAUAAAGUAGAAGCGGAGCAAAAUAAACCUCUACCUCAUGCUGGUCGAGGAAUGAAGAUGGAAGCUCGUAGUUGUAUCUCACCAAGCGUAAGCGAAAGAGGUGACGAUGUUGAAAGCAGGUCUGCGUCCUCUACGUCCUCGAGGAAAAAAAAGCUCGACAAGAUGGCCGUCCGCAUCAAGCCCGACACCAUGCCUUUUCACACGCUCUUGUGCACGGCCAUCGACCAGAUAACGCCACUGAGCGACCACGACGUGACAGAACAAGUCGUUGCAAGCGAAAACGAAAGUACCACGUGGCCGGCAACUUCUAGUACUGCGGUAACAAGUAGAACUGGUGCUGCCUCCAGUCCUUCUUGUGCUAGCAGCACAUUAUCACCCUUCGUAGAGGAGGUGGACCGCGUCCUGAAGUAUCUCGAAUCCGACACCAUUUUGUUCACUCUGGAUGAUGAUUCAACUUCUACUUCGGACUCAAUUUCCGCUGAAGGCGGAAAUUCUACUUCUGAUUGUAGUUCUGCCGAGGACCAGACCCAGAUGACGAGCAACGAGAGCUCCACCAGCUCCUCCAUUUCAACAACUUUCAGCACCACCAACCACCGGCAGCUCGCGGAAAAGAUGGCACAACAGUGGACGCCGAUGCGGAAGAAGUUUUGCGAGAAAUACGGCGUUCACGUCCAGCCCUUCGCGAACACACUGAAUAUUCUGGCAGAGGACGAGAGCACUGCGGUCAAUGAGAAAGCGAUUUUGCAAAUGCGGGACCGCCUUUUGCUCGGUGUAAAGGAAGAAGUAGUGAAAGACGAUCAUGCAGCUGCAGUUGGUGAUGUUUAUCUUGAAAACACAACAACAGUCAGGCAGUCGACGUGCAUGUCACACUGGAAGCUGACCGCCCUCACAGUGGCGGUGCAGAAUCUGAAAUCGUUCAUUCUCGCGCAACUGUUGGUCGACGACGAAAUUUCGGUGGAGAAAGCGCUGGAGUGCUCGAUGCUGGAGGAAUACCACCAAAGGGAAUUCUGGGGUGACGACGGUAUGUGGCUGGACUUGUUGAGCGGCUUUUUGUCCAUUUGUUCGUGUUCUUGUCCGGUUGUAGUUGUAUGGCAGCGGGUCGUUUUGCAUGAUGUCCUACAUCUAGCAGUAUUUUCGACGCCAGGAGACGUUGUAGCUAGAAGCCACGUUUACUCGUCGCGUAUGCAUGUUCAUGUUGUUCAUUUCGUACGAGGGCACGAAAUUGGAAAAAGCCAUCAAGUUUUCCAUACGAUAGACAAUCCGUCUUUCGAAGAGCAACGGCAAUCGCAGCUGCUGUGGCUGCAGGCGUGCCAGCAGUUUGCGAAACUGAUGCCAUGAGCGGGGGUUGAUGUCGUGUGUUGACGCAAUCGGUGGCGGUGUCGCUGUAGAGGUCGAAGAGGAUUUAUUUUCGUGUGUAGAUGCUAAAAAGUACAAAUGCCCGGCCUUCUCAGGCACUACACCAAUGACAAUGUCUUUACCAACAUGCUGUACCUGAUAAUGAAACUCAAUCAUUAAUAAAAU